ACUGAGUGCAAACAGAAGAGUAGGUCCGGCCCGGUUACAUAUCAGUCGCCAUUUUCGUUUCUCUCCUCGCUCUCCCAUUUCUGACAUCCCCAAGACCAAGAAGGCCCCAAAUUCUCGCACGAUCUUUCCUUAUUCGGGCAGAUCCAAUGGCGUAACGUCCAAGAUCGCAUUUCUUGAAACUUGUCUCUCCAUCUCUCUAUCUCAUGCUAGGGUUUAUCGAAUUAUCUUUUGAAGUUUGAAGCUCAAACUCUAAAUGCUUCUAAGAUCUUGAAUAUGGAUUCGCAGCCUUCCCAAUCGGGAAGGUCCCCGCCAAUCGAAGAAUCUCCCUUGCUUCCUGGUAAAAUGCUAUCCUACUCCUCCAGUAGCCAGAGCUUGUCAUCCAUCCUCAACAACCCCCACGUGGCCAAAUCCGAUUGGUGGUGGUCCUCCUCCUCCUCCUCCUCCACUGUCGCCCCUCCUGAGUUCGUAUCUUUGACCUCCUCCUGCGAAGUUUCCCGAUCCGAUUUCCAGAGCUAUUUGGCCUCUAUUUCGGAGCCCUAUCACCGAUUCGAGGACAUCCGGAAGCACGCGAGCAAAGAGAAUGUGGAUUUGGAGAACAUCGGCGGCCAAGGCGAAGCGCUGGUGGCGUGCCUGCGAGAAGUGCCGGCGCUCUACUUCAAGGAGGAUUUCGCGCUGGAAGACGGGGCCACGUUCCGUGCGGCGUGCCCGUUCUCGAACGUGACGGAGAACCUGGUGCUGCAGGAGAAGCUGUCGCAGUACCUGGACGUGGUGGAGCUGCACCUGGUGAAAGAGAUCUCUCUGCGCUCCAACUCCUUCUUCGAGGCCCAGGGGCAGCUGCAGGACUUGAAUGUUAAGAUCGUGGAGGGGUGUAGUCGCAUUCGAGAGUUGAAGGAGACGAUAAGGCUCUUGGAUGUGGAUUUGGUGGACUCCGCCAGACUGAUUCAGGACUUGAAUGCCACGAGGACCAACUUGUUGGCUCUUCAGCAAAAACUGAGGCUCAUAUUAUACGUCAACCAGGCUCUCUCCGCUCUUAAAUUGCUUGUUGCAUCUGCAGAUUGUGCCGGAGCUUUGGACAUCACUGAUGAUUUGCAGCAUUUGCUGGAUGGGGAUGAACUUACAGGUUUACACUGUUUUCGUCAUCUUCGAGAUCAUGUAGCAGCUUCAAUAGAGUCUACAAACAGCAUUCUUUCAGCAGAAUUUAUGCGUGCUUCAAUACAUGAUGCUGGAGGUUCAGAUGUAGUGAUUUUGUCCCAAGUGAAAGCAAGGGCUUCCGUUCCAAUAAAUGGGAAAGAUGAUGAUCAGGUUAAGUUGGAUGAAGAAGAGACCACUAAUUUUCGAGAUCGUCUCCUACCAGUCAUAAUUGGAUUGCUUAGAACUGCUAAGCUCCCCUCUGUAUUGAGGAUAUACCGUGACACACUUACUGCUGAUAUGAAAACUGCAAUUAAGACUGCAGUUGCAGAGCUGCUUCCUGUUCUUCUUAUCCGGCCAUUGGAAUCGGAUUUCACGCCUGGAGAGCGAACAGUUGAUGCAGAUGGUGGAGGUGCGUCACUCGCAAGCAAGUUGAGGAACCUGUCAUCUGAAAGCUUUGUUCAACUUUUGAGUGCUAUUUUCAUGAUUAUACGGGCACAUUUAGUGCGGGCUGCCGAAGUGAAAAAGGCCAUCGAGUGGAUCAUGUCCAGCAUUGAUGGUCACUAUGCUGCUGAUUCAGUUGCUGCUGCAAUUGCACUUGGUGCUGCGACUGCAGAAGCAUCUCAAGACAGUGAGGAUGAAAGUUGUUUUCUUCUGCCAUAUUCACCUCAGAGAGCUGCCAAGGUUCCUUCAUUUCUGGGAAAAGCAAAUGAUGCCAUAAGUCCCUCAAAUAUGUCAAGAAGUUUCAGGGCUGAUGUAAUGCGAGAAAACACAGAAGCUGUUUUUGCAGCUUGUGAUGCUGCUCAUGGAAGAUGGGCGAAGCUCCUUGGGGUCCGUGCUCUUAUUCAUCCUAAGUUGAGACUGCAGGAGUUUUUAAGCAUAUACAACAUCACCCAAGAGUUUAUAACUGCUACAGAAAAGAUUGGUGGAAGGUUGGGAUAUAGCAUACGUGGAACACUGCAGUCUCAGGCCAAAGCCUUUGUUGACUUUCAGCAUGAAUCUCGAAUGGCAAAAAUUAAGGCGGUGCUUGACCAAGAAACAUGGGUGGAAGUAGAUGUUCCUGAUGAAUUUCAGGCCAUUCUCACUUCACUUUUUUGUUCUGAAGAAUUGAUUUCUGAGAACCUCCAUGAUGCUCAAAAUAAUGUGGAAACAAGCUACAGUGAAGUGAUCACAAACAAUGACUGUUCACUCAUUGUAGAUGCUGGGCCACAGAAAGCACAGCAGCAAAUUGAGCAGGCUAAUUUUAUUGGAGAAUCUAUAGAGAAUACUGCAAAUGUGAAAUCUACUCCCUUGGCUGAGGCUAUUCAGAAAAAUAAAGCUGAUGCCAUAACUAAUUCGGCUCAUAGUAACAAUAAUAAAAUGAAGGAGCAUGUAAAAUCCACCUCGCAAACUCUUAUGUACAAAGAUGUUGGUUAUCACAUGGUUAACUGUGGCUUAAUAUUGCUGAAGAUGUUGUCAGAGUAUAUUGAUAUGAACAACUUUUUGCCAGCACUGUCUUCAGAAAUUGUUCAUCGUGUUGUUGAAAUUUUAAAAUUUUUCAAUACAAGGACAUGUCAGCUUGUUCUUGGUGCGGGUGCCAUGCAGGUGUCCGGUCUGAAGUCUAUCACUUCUAAACACUUGGCCCUGGCAAGUCAAGUAAUCAGUUUUACGUACGCUAUUAUCCCUGAUAUCAGGAGAAUUCUUUUUCUGAAAGUACCCGAGACACGGAAAGCAUUAUUGCUAUUAGAGAAUGACCGAGUAGCUCAGGAUUUUAAGGUUCACCGAGAUGAAAUACAUACAAAGCUCAUUCAGAUAAUGAGAGAAAGGUUAUUGGUUCAUCUGCGUGGCUUGCCUCAAAUUGUUGAGAGCUGGAAUAGACCUGAAGAUGCUGACCCACUUCCCAGUCAGUUUGCUCGGUCCCUGACUAAGGAAGUUGGAUUCCUUCAACGUGUUUUAUCUCGGACUUUACAUGAGGUAGAUGUUCAAGCAAUUUUCAGGCAAGUGGUUAUUAUCUUUCAUUCACAAAUUUCUGAAGCAUUUUCAUGCUUAGAGAUCAGCACUCCGCAAGCAAAGGAUAGACUGUAUCGGGAUGUUAAACACAUUCUUGGUUGUAUUCGAUCAUUGCCUUUUGAUAAUUUGAGUAAAUCUGGUAUUCCAAACUGGGGGCAACUUGACGAAUUCUUGGUGCAAAGAUUUGGGCCUGAAGCUGGUUAAUAGAGGUUCUUUUAAAGGAGCAAAUUGGUUGCUUCUCUAGUGAAGUCUACCAGAUUUCAAUGGAGCUUUUGCGGUUGUCAGAACCAAUUUUCAGACUACGUGUUUGCCUUGUACAAUUACAUUGUGAGAUAAUAAGGUUUCAGUUGAUUUAAGGUAGAUGUAUAAAUUACUGUAUACAUUCACAUGUUGCGGCAAGAAGGGAAGUUUUGUACGGGUCACACUUGAUAUGCAGUUUGUAAUGUUGAUGGAGAAUAUGUUCCCUUGAUUGUAGUUUUCGGUUUAUAUUGAAUAUAUUGAUUUGUUGAUUUAGUGAACAAUCAAUUAGUGUUGUUCCAGGGGCUGAGUUAUAUCUUUGUAAGUUUAUCUGCAUAGCUUAUAAAUGCUUUCUUAAAUCA